CCGCCGGGCAGAGAGGCAUCAUUGACAACGGAGCAGCCCAUCGGACAACAGCUGCAGCAGCAGCAGCCUCAAGCAUAGCCAUGACUCGACAACGGGUGCUAAUGACCGCCAUCCUGGCCGCGAUCGUCGUCGCGACGGCCGCGAGGCAGGCGCUGUCCGAGAGCGGACAGCAGGCCGCCGAACUCACCGAAGGGCUGGAGAGGUACCACCACGACGAGGACCACCACCACACAAAACCCAAAUAUGCCUACCAGUACAGCGUGCACGACAAGCACACCGGGGAUGUAAAGGACGUCUGGGAGCACCGAGAUGGCGAUGUCACCAAAGGGGGCUAUACACUUCUGGAGCCCGACGGCCACACCCGGGUCGUGGAGUACAUCGUAACCAAGAAGGGUGGAUUCCAAGCCACUGUCAAGCGUCUCCCACCCCAUCACCACCACUAAAAUGCCCCUCUGUCUCUAGCAAUAAAUGAAUUUUAAUUAAGUCGC